CCGAAAACCGCCGUUGUACACAGUCAGUGAAGUCUGCUUUGUUUUCCACUUGUAGGAUAAAGAAAUAUGGAGUUAUCGUCACUCAUAAAGAAGAUCGGUCACUCCUUAGUGGAAAUCAGAGUUCGGGCUCUUAAAAACAUCAGAAGCAAAUUAGAUCAUGGCCUCAUCUCUGUUCCUGAUCUUGUCCAAGAGAAAAUGCUGUUUGUUUUCCUUCUGGAGUGGUUUAAUUUUCCGGAGGUUCCAAUGCAGGAGGAAGUUCUGGAGUUGGUCAGCAUGCUUUCAAAGCACCCAACCGGAGCCCAAAUGCUUCGAGAGGUCGGGGCUGUCGAAUUCCUUACACAGCUCUCGCCUAAUGUGGAUCUUCGCCUCCGAACAAUCGUAGACGGCGUCUUCGAUCAGCUCUUCCACCUCCCAGGGGCCCUUCCUAGUUGUCCACCCACCACCUUCUACGAGCCACACUUGCAGACAGAAGAGGAGCCGGCAGCUGGGGGAUUUUUCCAGUGCAGUAAACCCAAGCAGACAGAUGCUCCCACCCCCAGAGUACCAUUCAGUACUAGGUGCUUGAAGUUCUCUGUUUUUCCAUGGCUGACUUUGAAUACAACAGAUCGACAUAUAUUGUCAUCAAAUGAAAGUUCCCUUAGAAGCGACAACCACAACUUAGUACGGACCACCUGUGAGCUGCUUCGUGAUGUCAUCAUGCAAGACUUCCCAGCUGAAAUAUUCCUGCAAAGGCCAAGUACAGUUCAAAGUCUGCUGUCACUUCUCGGUCUGAAUGUUGAUGGUGAUGUCAGCUACCUGACGUUCCAGGCAUUGGCCUGUCUGCAACAGCUUUGCAGGAACUUGAAGAGCCGCCUACGAUUUUACAGAGAUCCAAGCUUCUUCUCAGCCAAACAAGACCCCGUUUCUCAGAACUCCUCCAUCUCGUACCCUCAGGAGGUGAGAGGAACCCAACGGUCUGGAGUUUCUUCUCCAGAAGAAAGCUCCCCCAGACCUUCUGUGGUGGGCAGGCCUGGUCAGCGGUUGCGUGGUGAUGGCCAGGACGGAGACGCUGCUUCUGCUAGCGGCAGCAGCAGCAGUCAGAGAGGGGCUCCCCUUAGGCCAGCCCAGCAGUCUCCCCUCCCGCCUGCCCACCCGGAGCUCCCCCCGGAGAUGAUGAUGGAAACGGAGGACUCGCUGGAGCUCCAGCUGCAGCAGUGGAGCCUGGCUAGAUUCGCCGUGGCAGCCGUAGAGCACGCUCUGCCUCUCAUCAGGACAGAAAGCCUGAAGGUUUUCCAGCGGGUGCUAGAGCUGCUGGCGGAGGCGCAGGGGCUGCUGGGAGACAGCGUAGCCCCUGAGGUGUGGGACGAGCACAGCCUGACUGCGACAGAGCUGAGGGAGAAAUUACAGACAUGUAUAGAGAUUUUGGGAGAUGUUAUAUGCUACCACCAUGGCAUGACUUCCUCAGAACAUCCAGAAUCGUCUCUGAUCCACCAUCGAAUGGUCUUUAUGGGCACUGCCGUUUUCACAAUACGUCUCCUGCAAACCUUGUUACCUGUGGAGAAGGCUGCAGAUAAUCUUCGGGAAAGUACCGUGGCUGCCAUUUUCCUGUUGUGUCUUGAUAUAUCCUUCAGCGCGGCGUUCCCUGUCAUCCAUGAGUCAGCUGUGGCGUAUCUAGAGCAGGCUUGCUUUGAAAGAUACAGCCUGUAUCGAAGAGUGUCCCGUCUUUUUCAUUGCAUGGAGGCGACGUGCACUUUUUUAAAGGAUGCACAGGCUGAGGGCGAUAAGAACUGGCACGAACUCUUGGAGCUUGCUGACCAAGGGAUAGAUGCUUUUCCAUAUCAUCAGCACCUACCGAUGGUGAAGGAAUGUGUGCAGAUUUGCUCCUACCUGUGGAAAUUUGCACAAGCAAGCCCGCUCCUGCAGUCGGAGAGUCAGAAGAUAUUUCUGAAGCUUUUGUCUCAUCCUCUGUCCCCAGUGAAGGCAGAAACCUACUCCUGCACUCUGAGCGUUUUGAAGGAGUGUUUGGGAGUUCAGAACGUGGCCAAACCUGCCUCAUCCAUCUGCGCCGGAGUGCAUUUCUUGCUUCACUCCCGUGUCCUGUAUGAGAUCAGUGUGUUUGGCCUUCAAGACCAAGCAACAGAGGUGAGCGUCGCUGCCAAGGAUAUUCUGCUUUAUCUGCUGAAGGGACGAUUGAUGAUGACAGCUGCAAGUUGGAGGAGAUUUAAUGAGGCACUUUACCCGGUCAUUCCUAUAUUACAGAGUUACGCAGGCACUGAAGACGCCCUGGGAAACUGUAUCCUGCUGCUAAGUGAAGCAUCUGCUGAGAAAGGAGAUGAGAUGCGUUCCCCGACUGCUAUGCUACGGGCAGCCCUCCGGCUUCUGUUCACCAAACAGCACACCGUGAAGAAAAUGGCAGUCCAACAUCUGCUUCCACAUCUGACCAGCGCCGAGGGUGCCAGCAACUCCAGACCAACCCUGGACAGCUCCACUUUAUCAUGUUUACCAAAUCUCUACAAUCUUAAUAAAAGUGUGGACAUCAAGUUGUGCAGUUCAGACAAGUCAUAUGUGAAGGUGGAGUCUGUAAAUAAGUUGUACAAUAUUCUCGCGUCGGAAACAGUAGAUCUUGUUUUACGGAAAUCUGCAGCUGAACAGCUGGCUAUUGUUUUGCAAGAUUCAUCAAUGCACGCGGUGCUGAAGGCCUUGGGUUUAUCAGACAAGCUCACGUCUUUCAUCACAGGGUGUGUCAACAGCAAUGUGGCGAGCAUGGAUUGCUUGUUGGAGUCCAGUGUAUGCAUGCUGAGGAAGCUGGUGUUUGCAGACCCCUCUCUGCGUCACAGUCUGGCUCAGCAGCCGUCUUUUCUCAUCACGCUGCUCAGAGCUUCUCUGAUCAUAAAGGAGAACCAGGCUGAUGUGAGCGAGGCGGCCGCGUUGAUGUGCAUUUUGCUGUUUGAUGAAAUAGCACGGAUGGAUGUUUGGACUGACGAAGCUGGCUCAGACACAGGCCUCUCUUCCUUCUCACUUCCUUCUGCCAUUAUACGGAGGUAUAAUUUGCCGUUUCAAGCUCCUUCACAUCACGCAGUGAGUCCAUACUGUUCAGUUCUUCCUCCAUACUCAGAUCUCCUGAGUCUGAAGCCCGCCUGGGAAGCUCUGCAGAUCACCUGGAACACAGCAUGGCAUUCUGGGAUUGAUGGAUUGCUAGAGCACCUGAGAGGUUUUAGAAGUGAUGUGCCAGAGUUUCAUAGUGAUCUGGUGCUGUCUGAAUCUCAGGCUGUGGUGUUGAGAAUCAGCAACAUGAGGUCCGGUAUAGAGAACUGCAUUCACACGGUUUGUGAUGCGAGCUCCCACAGCACCGUCACUUUUUCCAUCACUAGACUGCAUCUGUAUCUUCUUUCUGACCUGCUUGCACUCAAAUCCACCACCCAAAGCUGCAAGAACAUCCUGCAAACCCUGAGCUGGCACAGUGCUGUGGAGAGAUUUCUGGUGGUACGUCCGGCUUGCCAACAAGAUGAGAGGCUCCUGGUGGACAUUGUGUCCUUCCUCAACACCUUCUUCAAGCAGAAUCAAUCUGAACUGGACCAGCAGGACCUCAAAUGGUUGUUGGAAUUACUCCUAAACAAGGAGUCGCACACACUGCUGAACUUGUUGCUGAGCGCUGAUCCGCAGAACCACACACACAUCCAAUCACAGGGGGAAGUGGACAAACUCCAGGCCCACCUCAGUCACCGGCUACAGAGAGAACUGACAGGCCUCUUCAACACACUGCUGCUUCUGAUGACACACACUUCUGACAGGAUGUGUGAGGUUUUGUCAGGGCCGUUUGCCUCAGAACUGUCUCUGCGUCUGCUGCAGUGUCUGCGCUUGUCAGAUGCUCCAUGCUUCUAUGGCCUGCCAUCUCUAGAGCGCACACUCAGAACCAUGGCCCACGUGACUGCUUUGCCCGGCUGGAGCACACACACUCCUAGCGUGGAGCCAAACACACUCUGCCUCAAGUACCUCGGCGGCCUCCUGGAAGUCAUUUCUUCAUUCUAUGUCGAUUUGGGAGGAAACUCAAUGUCCUUUAUGGGCAAAGGAGUAACAAAAAAUGCAGUGAUCUGCCUGCUUCAUCUGUCACACGAGAUGAUGAAGGAAAGCACACAUGAGGACUGGAUAUCCUUGUGGUCUCUGGGGCGAGAGCAAAGUGCUGAUGAGCAAAGUGCCGCUCAGCUUGGCCUGGCCUGGUUAAUUCCUCUGUGGGUGGAUCGUGACCCUGAGGUCCGCUGUGCCAGUCUGGCAGUGGGUGCGGCUUUGAGUUCGCUGGAGAGAGGGUGUGUGGCUCUGUCUGCGAGCUGCCAGAACAUUUCUGGCGGCCUGUGGGCCACAGUACUCAACAUCCUGCUGGAGAAACAGGAGUGCAGUAUGGUGCGCAGAGAGGCAGCGUUUAUUUUGCAGAACCUCCUUGUGAUGCCAAUGCCUGCAAAUGCAGAAGAGGCCAAAGAGUGUGCCUGGCAGAGCCCCUGCGUGCAUGAUGAGGAUUCAGGCCUGUGUCUGGUCGGGCUUCCUGCCCUGCAGGCUCUGUUGUACCACUGCCAGUUUUUUGAGAGCAUGGGCCAGAUGGUGAAGAGCUGUUACACGGGCAGACAUGCCUUCACCCUCAGCCCCCCUCCGCCGCCAGCCAAUGUCACCCAUGAUGCAGAUUUGAAUGAUUCUCUGAAGCACUGGAGAGAGAUGCUCGUUCCUCUAAACCAAACUCAUGCCUCUGGAUCCAUGUCCACCUCCAGUACUCUGAUUCCAUCAGGAAGCUGCAGUGGGACUCAUUCUCCAGUCCCGACCUCAGGUGUCUCCGCUAACCAGGAAACUCCAGUUAACAGACUCACUGCUCAGGGUCAGAGUGACACUGACAGCUCAGACUCCGCCCUCACUCAAGACUCACAUCCCGGGGGGAGGAGCGAGCCUGUUGCUGUAGUGACCCCUCACCUGUUGUUGGCUGUUUGUGGUUUACUGGACAAUCUAUUGGCGGUGCUUCCGGAGUUUACUUUCUCUGCCCUCCAACAGAACCAGAUUCUUCAGGGCAUGGCCAGUGUGGUGGAUGCGGCUGCCAUAUCUCAAUGUGUCAAUGAGCUAAAAACACCUCUCCUGCCAGCUGCCAUGGAAGAUGCCAGAAACCAGAUGCUGAGUAGCUUGUAUUAUGUGCAAAGUUUCUGUAAGCUCCUGCAGUCAGCAGCGCUACACAGUGAGGAUGUGCCGCUCCACCGAGAGUUCUUCAAACUCCUGCUGAACAACCUCAUUUCCAUCCUCACGCUGCCUGUCGCUGACUUGGAUGCGCAGACCCAGGGUGCAGUGCUCAACACCUGGGCGGAUGUGUUGAUGCUUCUGGCUACUCUGCUGCGCAGGAACCAAGCUGCGGUCGGCCCAUCUGUCGCUGUGGCACUGGGAAAACACUGGCAGCGCUUUUCAGACUCCCUCGGAGUGUGUUUGGACCAAUCGUACGGCGAGUCUUCUCUCUGCACAUCGACUCUGCACUUUCUGUGUGUGCUGUUCUCAGACGAGGCUAAGAGGAGAACUGGAGGACACAUGGAGGAUCUGAGCAGCUCCUCCAUUACUGCGGUAUUGACUUCUGAGUCUGGAGAGGUCAUAUGUGAACUGUUACUAGAGCAAUAUGAGAAGAUUCCAUUCCAGGACCCUCUGAAAAAAAUGGUGGCCAAAGCACUUAUGUCUCUCUUAGCCUGUAGCUCCAGUGCUCAGAGUUACGCAUGUAAAGCUGGUGUGAUUGACAGCUGUGUGGAGCGCAUGAAGCACAUUUACGCAGAGCUUCACCUGGAGUCUGUGAAGACAGGCAGGAAUGCUCACAGGAGGAAGCAGGUGGAGAACAGCAUGAGAGAACUUAAGAUGAUUCUUGAGAUGUUGCGAAAUUGCCUGUAUCAACAUAAUGAAUGCAAAGCUGUGGCUACAGAUUUGCGUCUGGCUGCCGUGCUGUUGGCUUUUUGGCCCUGGUUGCUGCUUGAUGAUCUCACCAUGGCAGCGGCUCUGGAAUUGCUCUGCGUCUACUCGGCGAACUGCACAAUGGCUUGCAGUGCUUUAUGUUUCAGCAGCAGCAGCAGUGUCAGCGCUGGCUCCGUUCAGCCUGUUCUUCCUAAGACUGCGGUCACAAACUCACUGAUGCAUGCGGUGAUGAAACUGGCCUCCCAGGUUGCCCCUGACAACAGCAGCAUCCACAACCUGGCUUUCUCACUGCUGGCCAACUUGGCCAUCUCCAGGGAUGGCAAAGGGCUGCUGCUGAAGUGUAACUUCCUGCAGAACUUCCUGUCUCUCCCCAUGCCUAAAGCCGGUGGUCGAGGCGGUGCUCCAGUGGCGGAGUCUCUGUCUCUCUGGCUCCGGCUGCUGCUGAACGUGUCAUUUGGAGAGGACGGACAGCAGAUGAUCCUCAGGCUCAGAGGAGCUCUGGAGCUGCUGGUGGAACUGACUCAGUCCAAACACUCCAGCGCAAAACCCACCGUCCUGCUUAUCCUAAACAACAUCUGCUUCUGCUCCGCUAACAAGCCCAAAGUCCUAGCCAACGAUAAAGCUGUUGAACUGCUAGUCUCUUGUUUAAGCAGUAGCUCAUCAGAUAUCCGCACCAUAGGAGCUUCUGCACUUUGGGCUUUGUUGCACAACAAUCAGAAGGCAAAGGCCACUUUGAAGUGUCCUUCCAUCAGACUGAAAGUUGAAGAGGCGUUCGUGUCCGCAAGGAAAGAUGAAGAGCAGAGAAAAGACAAACCUGUGAACAUCUAUCAUCUGAAGUGCCUCAGAAAUCUCUCCAACAUUUUCAACUCAUAAGUGCCUGAUAAAAGUCCCCUAAUAAUGUGAACUUUGUUUUGUAAAAUAUGUAUUAUUCUUCAUUCAACUGUUUCUAGAAAAUCAAUAAAUGAGCUGCUUUU